UGGAGAGAUUUCCCUUAUCGAUUUCCAGUUCAACCGUCGCCUCACAGAUCCAACAGCAAGUGGUGGCUGGGGACAGCAUGAACGGAGUUAUUAUUUCUACAUAGCGUGGACCUUCGUCGUCGCCUCGUCGGCAAUGGUACUCUCUCUCUCUGUGGCGUCGCAACUCUGUAAUGCUAUAUGAUUAUAUAUAUAUAUAAUGUAUUAUAUAUUUUUUAUUUUUACAAAUAGUUGGGUUUGAGCUUGAUGAAUGGUCUAGCCUAGGUUGGAUCAAUUCAACGAUGGCAAUAAUACCUGUUCGUGCUCCUGCUUCAUUUCAUAUGCUCCAAAAUAUCCUCCAAACAUGGGGAACACAUUACAGUGUGCUCAAUCAGAUCCUUGCCCACACCCUCACACUCGGCAUAUUUAACCACACCUUCUACUCCAAACUGCUCAAAGCAUACGUAAAGCUCAACAAGCUCUUUGAAGGCCAGAGAAUCUUUGAUAGAAUUUCAAAUCCGGAUGCUGCUGCCUGGACCUCUCUCGAGAAUCUGUAUCUAAACAAUAGAAUGCCAUCGGAAGCGUUGAGAGUAUUCUCGAAGCUGACAUGGUCGGAUUCUGCAAAGCCUGAUUCCCAUUCCAUAGUCGCUGCUCUUUCUGCCUGCGCACGCAGCAAGGACAUAGCGAACGGAAGGAUAAUCCAUGGAAUUGCGUACAAGUAUCUGCAAACGCCUGGUUUCCCAAAUGUGGACAAUGCACUGAUCGAUAUGUAUGGGAAGAAUGAAAGAAUUGGCAUGGCUUGGCGUGUGUUCAACGCCAUUGAUUUCAAGGAUGUUGCUAUUUGGACUAGCUUGCUCAAUGCCUGUCUUCUAAACGGAGACUUGAAGACCGCCUGCCAAGUGUUCGACAUAAUGCCACAAAGGAAUGUUUUCUCAUGGACUGCAAUGAUUGUGGGAUACAUUCGCAUGUCUAAAUCCAUGGAGGCAUUGGAAUUGUUCGUGAGAAUGCAGCAUGAUCUGCAGGACGCCGCCGGAGAAAAACAACGGCAAUGUAAUCCCACUGCAGUUACUGUAGUUGCAAUGCUUUCCGGCUGCGCAGAUAUUGGCGCACUUAACUUGGGAAGUUCAAUCCAUGGAUACAUCAACAAACGCUGUGGAUUUGUUUCCAAUGUUGCUGUUAACAACGGGCUGAUCGAUAUGUAUGCAAAGAGCGGACACCUUGAGGCUGCUGUGAGAUUAUUCGACGUCAUGAGGAGAAAGGAUUUAUUCUCAUGGACAAGCUUGAUUUCCGGUCUGGCAAUCAAUGGCAGGGGAGAAUGUGCCCUCCAAGUGUUCGAUUCAAUGGUGGAAUCUUCGAGAUUGGCUCCAAAUGAAGUGACUUUCCUGUCAGUUCUAUCAGCCUGCAGCCAUUCAGGAUUGGUGAUUCAAGGGGAGGAAUUGUUUGAGAGAUUUAUAUGCAGGUAUGGAAUCAAACCUCGAAUCGAGCAUUAUGGAUGCAUGGUGGAUCUUUUCAUUCGAGCAGGGUGCGUGGAGAAAGCCGUAAGUUUGAUCGAGGUGAUGCCUCUAGAACCCGAUGCUGUUAUUUGGAGAUCGGUGAUGCGAGGGUGCUUCGAGCAUGGGAACUUGGCAAUGGCUGAAGCUGCGGGGAAGAAAGCAAUUGAACUGGAACCUGGUGAUGAUGCAGUGUAUGUGCUUCUUUGGAGCAUUUAUUGCUCGAAAAAAAGAUGGAAGGAUAGUUUAAGAACAUUGCAGAUGAUGAGAGAGCAAAGGAUUAAGAAGACACCUGGUUGUAGCUGGAUUGAAGUUAAUGGCGUUGUCUGUGAAUUUGUGGCCCAAGCUUCUCCGCCAGAUGGUAAGAUGACGACAGUCCUUAAUGGAAUUUAUGAACAGUUAAUGUUAGAUAGUAAUAUAGAAGUUUUGAAUUUUUGAAAGAAAUUAAAAAUAGUGAAAAAUUGGGUAAAGAUAAAUGUCGGAUAUAAUGUAUGUAGAUACAGUUGUUGUAUAUUUAUUUUUCAGGUGACAGUAAUUUUAAAUUAUUUUCUCUAUAAUUUUUUUGAAUAGAUUAAACUAAUCUAUAGCCCAUGGGCGUAAUUUUA